AUGGAGAAAAUAAUGAGUAGCAUGCUUCUUAGAAGUGGCCGCCUUAUGGGCAUCACGAGUACUGGCGUGGAACUCAGAAGAUCUACGAGGAUCCGGACUGAGCCGGAUCGCUGGACUUAUCCGGCGGACCACAUAAGGAGGCGGAAUAGGAGAACUCCCUACGAAAGACCCCAGCCGCCGAGGACAGAGGUACCAACAAAUCCAACCAGCACAUUGGCUGAACCAAUGGUGGCCACGACCGGGCAGACUCCCGACGUUACUACUAAUCCAACCAGCACAUUGGCUGAACCAAUGGCUGAACCAAUGGUGGCCACGACCGGGCAGACUCCCGACGUUACUACUAAUCGAACCAGCACAUUGGCCACGACUGGGCAGACUGAACCCCAAAUCCAAACGACGCCAAGGAGGCCCAAAUCCUCCGUCAAACCAACUCUAAGAUGGAGGCAGUUGGUUUUCGACGAAUCAGACCGUACUCCUUAUCCGCCGAGGAGGAGUAAGAGAAAUAGGUCUGAUUCGUCGAGGAGGAUGGACGAUGGGUCGGAAACAUCUUUAAUGAAUAUUGCGUUUAUCGCGUCGACGACAAAACCAAAGACUGGGAAGGCCUGCCGUAGUUAGGAAGUAGAGUAAUAAUUUUUCUGUAUCACCCGGACUUACUUUCAUGCUCUUUCUCUAGUAAUAUAUUUUAAUCAAUAUAUAUACAUAUAUACUGGAAUUAAGGUAUGUAAAUUACAUUCUGCCUUUGCAGAAGUUGAGCACUUCUUAAGCACGGAGUAUCAACUAUGAGUAGGGCCACUAGAGGGCGCUACCGCUUCAUAUAAAUAUAAAAAAUCGAGUUCAGAACAGAUUCUUCAGUGUGUUGGAGCAAACCUGUUUUUAUUUGAUGUGUACAAUAGCACUUCACAUCGUAUUUUCUGGCUUUUCAUUCGGCUAUUACGGAUGAGGUUCCUUCCUACGUUUUCUCUCUACAAUUGCACUCGACAUUUUUGGGGUGAUCAGAGCCUUAGAUUUUGAUCUCGAAGACGAGUCGCGGUUGACUUCGAACUGUCAACCCAGGGGCGUACGGCAGGGUGUAAGUCUCACCGUUGGGAAUGCCAAGACGUGUUGGGCACCACUGGUUCUUACUUCCCCAUCGCUGUGGGUUCGAGCGUCUUGGCGGUGAGAGGUACAUAUCCAAUGUCGACGGAAGGGUUAUCUUCUUCCUGUUGUCUUCAUGUUUGCGGGGUUCAGUGUGUUCCAAUGUUUGUUCUCUGACAGAAAUUCCUCAAAAAGAUGUGAUUUUUGCCUUCAUUGAACAUCAGAUCGUGAUUAUCCUUUUGAGUAGGUUGUACGACUGCUGGUUGAUUGGAUUGGGGAUUCGAAAACAUUUUUUGCGAUUAUGGAUAUUAGAUUAACUUGAAACAACGGCUUGAAAAAACGAAUCUGGAGCUCACUUUGCAUUCCUCAUGUUAUUUAUAGAUACAGGGCGUUCCUAAAUUGAAGUUACAAACUAAAAUUCUUCGGACAAUUUUAGGAUAAAAAGUCCUAUGAACAUGGACUCGCAAACCAUUUCUUUUCGAGAUACAGACUGUUGAUUUUUUUCAAUUUUUUUUCAUCACAGCUCUACCCCUUCACAAGAUAUUCAUCUUUAAUUUGACACAAAUAUUCCAAUUUAAAGAUUUCAUCAUUUUGAAUUCAAAUCUAAUAGCUGAUGCUGUCUUUCUUUCUUCAACCAGACUUUCUAAUGUCCCCGGUCUCGUCAGUCUCCAUCUUCUAGUCCUUUGCUAUGCAUAGCUUCGUCGACUUCAUUUCGCCAUGAUCUUCUCGGCCUACCUCUUCUUGCUACUGGCCUCCACUCCGCAACUGUAGUAAUCCAUCUAUCUAUCAUUUGCCCAUCUAACGUGACCAUACCAUAUCAAUAUCUGCUGUUCUAUGUGUAGAGAUACUUCCAUCCUCUUUCUUACCUCCACGUUUGUUACUCUAUCCCUCACGGUCAAGCCACAACAUCUCCUCCAGUCAUUUCUGUAGCCUAGAUUUUUCCCUGGUUGUAUUUAUUACCCAGAUCUCUGCGGCAUAUCAUAAUCAUAAUGUUUAUUCAACAUAAAAAACAUAUGUCAUUUUACUUUGGUUUUGGUAAUAGUUUGGUAGAUAAUUUUCUUCAUUUUGCAAAUGCAAAUAUGCAGGGUGAUAAUUUUUCUGGAACAAUGCCCAGUGACUUUGGCACAGUACUACACGUUUUGGUCUCUUGUAGUUUUGUCGUAUCUGCUA